AUCAGAUUCAGGUCAGUUUUUCUGAGUCAUGGAUUGCGAGGACUACUACCCCUCGAUAAAGCCAACGUUUUCAGUCCCCUUCACGACAAAACUCCAAUUAUCCAAACUUAAGCCUAAUCUCAUUGAAGUUUCGCCGUAAUAUCCAAGAGCAAAAACAAAGACCUUUGCCACUCCUACCAAACCUAUAACCCCAUUUAUAACCUGCAUAUCUAGGCUUAUACUGAUCUGGGUCUGGAAUCUUGAUUCUAUUGAUACACAGGACAAAUCAACAUCUGGGUCUGAACCAAAUCAAUCGGUAUGAGUGCUAGGAAGAGAGAGAGGGAGAACCCUUGUGGGGUAUGUGGGCAUUACCACAAGUACGAAGAAGGAGAGGUUUGUGGGGUCUGUGGCCACCGUAUGCCGGCUGCCACCGAGAAUAGUUUGCUUCAGGUUAGCGCUUUUCCGUCGGAGAUCUUGCCGGAGUUCCUGUAUUUGGGUAGCUAUGAUAACGCUUCGCGGGCUGAGCUUCUCAAGACUCAGGGGAUUUCUCGAGUUCUCAAUGUGAGCUUGAGGCCAUAGUCUCUUCUUGAUCGGAACUGAGCUUAUUGUGAUUAAUUGAUCAAUGAUAUAUUAAUGUUGCAUAUCCUUUAUUGAAAUAUCUGAGAUAACCACAUAUAUGGUUGACAUUAACUGGUUUUGAAUUUCAGUCUAUAUAUAGAAUAUUUAAGACUUUGAUGGUGCUUAGUUAAUUGUGGGAAGGAAUUGAAAUUCAUGCUUUUCUACCUGUUUUAGUUAUUUAUUUUUUAUUUUUGCAGUUUUUGAUUUGUCAAAGGAAUCUUAACUGUCCUUGAUCGUGUAGUAUGCUUGUUAUUUUUGGAGGGUAUUUGAUGUUGCUUACUGGAUCAAAUUCAAUCUAGUUACUACUUGGUUCCAAGACCUGUUCCUAGUUCAUAGCUAUGAGCUCUCAAUAUUGCCUCGUUUGGGUGGAUGGGUGUUAAUGAACAAUAAACAGUGUGGGCGGGGAUUUGAGGUACUUUUGAGUCAAGUGGUGGACAGAUAUGUUUUUUCAGUGAGAGCAUUGCUGGUGCUAGCAUUUUCUUGUCUAAAAGGAAUAGCAUCGCACAGGAGAAAGGUGGUGGCACGUUGAGGAGGAAUGUGAUGGCUUAUGGGGGAGCAAUCAUUGUGACAGUACCUGCUUGUCAAAAUCUCUACAAGAAUUCCUUUACAUAUCAUUGCCUCCAAGAUGACCAAAAUUUGCCAUUUGAUGACGCGGUCCAAUUUCUAGAGCAAUGCGAAAAAGAUAAGGCUCGUGUUCUUGUUCACUGCAUGUCAGGAAAAAAUAGAUCGCCAGCUAUUGUGAUAGCUUACUUGAUGAAGAGCAAAGGGUGGAGACUAGCACAGAGUUACCAGUGGGUGAAAGAGCGAAGAAGUUCUGUUGAUUUAACUCAAGCCACCUACCAGCAAUUACAGGAGUAUGAGCAGAAAAUUUAUGGGCCAAUUGAGAACAGCAACCCCAGCUUGCCAAUCUUCUCAUCUGCAGGGAUGCCUUCCUUCAGCUUUGGGUUUUCAAAGCCUAAUGAUACAGUUCAUGUUCCUGCUUUCAACAGCCCUGGUGCUACGUCCAUCUUUGCCCGUCCCAUUUUAGACAUCCCUCCUCAAGAGUUCACUUUUGGAGCUGGCCAGGCUCAGAGCUCCUCUGAAUCGUCUUUUGCCUCAAACCCCCCAAAUCCGCAUUGUACUGAUAUUUCCAUGGAUGGUUCUUAAUUUCUUUCAUUUCAUUACAUUCCUCAUGCGACACCAAUGGUUGGUCAGAAGUCGAAUGAGUCACUGACUUCAAUCUGAAGUUUGGAUGGUAAUGAGUGACCGGCUUUGUUGAGUUUGUAUCAUCUAAAGCCUGGAUGUAAAUUACAAAAGAAAUGCUUAAAGGUUUUCGGUUUGUAUGUUUGACAAGGGGUUGCCUUUCUGGGGUUUGUAUGUUCUUGAACUACAAAAGAUCUCAUUCCAUAAUUUUACAAAAGAUUACUGAAGUAUUCUUUGGUCAAUUGUCUGCUGAAUUUUGUAUUGAAUCUCUUAUAGUGACUCUUUGUUAGCUGUAAAAAAAGCAAAGGCCUAUGCAGAAAGUUUUUUUUUUUUUUUAAAU